AUGUUUUUCCUCACAAUUAUAGCUUCAAUCUUUUUGUUUUUCCAUCUAGUCAAAGCAUCAUACCAUCUUAAGAAAAGUUUCACAAAAAAUGGAGCAUUUUUCGAAAAUUUUGAAUUUUUUACGGGGGCCGACCCAACAAAGGGAUAUGUCAACUACAUGGGCCGUGAAGCGGCAACUGAAGCUGGGCUGGCCAAAACUCUUGCCAACGGUACUGUAUAUCUAGGCGUUGAUUCUCACACAAUAAUGAAAAGUUCGGGUCGACCUAGUGUCCGCCUGACUAGUAAUGACAGCUUCAAAUAUGGCUUGCUUAUGUUAGAUCUUAUUCAUAUGCCUGAUAGUGUAUGUGGUACAUGGCCCGCUUUUUGGCUUCUCGGAAGCGACUGGCCAACAAACGGAGAGAUUGACAUAAUUGAAGGGGUUAAUAUAGAUAGUAACAACACUAUGACUCUCCAUACAUCUUCGAAUUGUCAGAUGACCCAAUCCGAUUUCUCGGGGACGAUGGUGACUUCAAACUGCAACGUCGCAGCUGCGGGACAGCCUGCUAAUGCAGGGUGCAGUAUUAUUUCUGACUCGAAUGUGUCUUAUGGGACAAAAUUCAAUCAACAGGGAGGGGGAAUAUAUGCCAUGGAAUGGACGGACUCAGAAAUCAAUAUAUGGCUUUUCACACGCAAUGGCAAUCUCUUUCCGGAUAUGUCGUGUGAUAAUAUGGAUCCUACAUUCUGGGGAAAGCCUACAGCCCAGUUCAAAGGAGAUUGUAAUUUUAAUGACUAUCUUGGACCGCAAGCUGUGGUAUUUGAUACCACCUUUUGUGGAGAUUGGGCGGGUUCUGUCUGGAAAGCUAGUAGCUGUGCUGAAUUGGCUAGUAGUUGUGAGCAGUUCGUUGCGGAAAAUCCAUCAGCUUUUGCCAACACGUAUUGGCAAAUUAAAACACUUAAUCUAUACCAAUAA